GUGGAGCCUGCUUGAGCUGCAUUUAGUAGUUCAUGUUUGAUAAUCAACCCAAAUGCUUUCUAUGCAACAGGGGAUUCAGAAGAGAAUGAGGUAGGAUACUGAGGCCUGUGCUUUGUGCAGGGUUUUUUAUCGGUGAACACAGUCAAGUCAGAGGGAUUCUGAGAGACCACGAAUGAGGUCGGCAAAGUGAUAUGAAGUGGAAGAGAGCGGAAAGGGGAAAGUGUGAAGGCUUAUCUCGGUAAUGUGCAGGGACAGUUGAGCAAUGAUGAGUGCUGCAGUCACCACUGUCUUCUGCUUAACCCUUUACUGGCGAUGCCCUUAUCGGGGAGCCGACAGACAAAGGACAUCUCGGUGUCUGAGAGAGUUUCUGUAAGCCGGUGUUUAUUUCAGGUGGUGCGCAAGACUGAAUGUGCCUCGUCCUGUCCGGCCUGUUUCUGUCAAUCCACCGUUAGUCAUCACUCUCGGGGAUACUUCCAUUCACGUCAUUGAGUGAGACCUCCUCGACUGGGACUCUAGUGAGGCAGCCUUCCAGCUCUUCCCUCUGCUCUGCGCAUGCGCACUGCCGACACUCCAGUAAUCCGCUGUGAGGGAGAGAUCGCAGCCGCGUGCACUGCGCUCAGGCGAUCGGCGAGGAGGGAUUUGAAGCACCACGGACGAACACAUCGCGGGGACAACGGGACAUCUUCGAGCGUACAAUCUUGGCAUAUGGAAUAUCGGCUUGGCAGCGGUCGGACACCGGCACACUCCCGGUGAUGGAGCAGCUUCUUUGACAGCGUGAGCGGUCUCGCAUCCGCGGUUGACAACGGGACUCGCGGCGAGGAUGUGUCCCGCCGAGGCUGCACGUCUACAGCCCGACACGCCGAGGGGACGCGAGGGGGACGGAGGGCGGUGAAAUGCGACUGAGGUCCCUCUCCUGGACCAGACCCCCUCCAACCUGCACGUCGCCCGCUUCGGCACGACCCCCUCCUCCUCCUCCUCCUGGCCUCGGUGCCGCUGCGUGCGACACUUCAUUUUUUUGUAUUUCAAACACAAGUAACGUUCCGCACCUGAAUAUCAAAGCCCACUUGCGUGUGCGUUAUCGGCGAUGAACCCGAGACGAUGAAGUAGAGUUUAAAAACCCACGUGAUCCCCGCGAUGGUGUGAUGAUCAUACUAAAUGGAAAUGGAAACCAAAAGAAACCAGGGGAUGUAGCCGCCUCUCCGGGCUCCUUCUCCUCGGCAGGUCGCAGGAUCCACGCCUCACAAGUCCACAGAACAUCCAAGAGCAAGUUGACUGAGGCGGAGCGGUCGGUGGGAUUAGACAGAAACUAAAAGAGGUGUCUCUCCGUCCUGGCAGACCUUGGGAGCGGAGCUGUGUUUAACAGUUUAAAGAGCAGUUCUCCACGGUUUCCUUCAGGUUGAGUUAUGAACUUUCGCCCGAGUUGUUCUCCGAUUUAUUUACAUUGCGAACACCAGAAGUGGCCUCAUCUCUGGGAAAGACAAAAAACCACAUGUUUCAAACAUGAGGGUUUAUCUGGUGGGAGAAGUGCAGCUGGGUUGUUUCAACCUCCGCAGCAGCAGCUGUUAGUCAGACUGGAUGUCUGAAAGAUGAGACCUGGAUAUUAGCAUACUUUCAGCUUUGCCAACACCCUCCCAAGGAAAUGCAGUGCAUUGAUUUUCCUCCAUCGCCCACGUCGUAAAUAACUCCUUGAAUAAAUAUUGUGUGACUUUUCUUUUAGAUUUUUUUUAUUCCAGUAAGUUCCAUGCCUCCGUUGAUCAGCGUCGGCGGUGUGUACGGACCUUGGUGUCGUCUCGGUGUGCGGUAUCCCGGACGUGCCACCGCCCCUCCAUUUUUUGGACCUGAAGUUUUCCCACAGGUGCACCGUGCGGCUGCCGAGAUGCCGAGAGACGACGAACGUGUACAGCGGCGUGAUCGUGUGCGCACCUGUUCCUGCUUUUGUUGAGCGUCUGAGCGUGUGCAAAGGGAAAAGGGGAAACCAGACAUGAGCGUGCACAGACCGGAGACAUGUGUCAGGAGGAACGCGGGAGGAAUUGUUAGUGGCACUGUGGAGUACUUCAUGCUUAAAGUCUACAAGACACCGAGAUUUGGAGCCUUUGCUGUGAGAAAAUUGUAUUUUCCUCCUCUCUGAGACCAACCGGUGAAGUGGACUCGCUGCUCUACACAUAAAAUUACUUUUUCAAUUGAGACGUCUUCCUCCAUGAGCUGUAGGGAAAUCCACCCUGAUCUGCACACUUGGCCACCUGCAAGCUGCACAGAUUUUUCGAGGACCCUCAUCUUUGAUUCCCUGUCACUGUGUUUUUUUGCGGGAGGAAAUUUGUUACCAGAAAGUUUACAGCAAAUAGAAACACAUGAUUAGUCUUGCUGCUGUAAUCCAAACAACCCCUUCAUCAUCUCCCCAAUCAUUGUAUCUCUCUGAAUACAACCGUGGCUCCCUUGUCGACGUCUGUGCUCUCAGGGCAAACGAGGUCUAUCUGUCCGAGUGAAUUCAGAGACGAUGGGGAGCUCAGCCUCGUCUCUCACUGCGGAGACUGAGUCGGACCAUGGCUUCCGCAGCACCCCCUACCCAUCGCCACCCCCCUUGGGCUGGCUCAGGAACAGCCACAGCAGCCCGGUGUGGGGCACCACCUUCAUCACACGUCAGCAGCAGCACCCGCUGCCUCACCGAGAGCGCAGCCACUCUCACUCUCCUGGCUCCAUGGCAGCAGCAGUGCGAGUCAGUGAGUGGUCAUGUGGACGCUGUACCUUCCUGAAUGCCGGCGCAGCACCUCGCUGUUCCAUUUGUGAGGCACCGCGACAGAAGCCCGACCUUAACCAGAUCCUGCGGCUGAGCAGCACUGAGGAGCAUCGCUGGGCAUGCCCCCGCUGUACCCUAAACAAUCCCCAGGGAUCUGGAGCCUGCUCUGUCUGCGGCUUUGGGCCAUCCCCUGCGACUCACACCCCCCCCACCACGACCAUGGCCGCCACUUCCAACGGCCUCCCAUCUGCUCCGCCUGAGCCUCCGACACCCACGCUCCCCCCCAUAGUUCUCCUUGAGCCCCAUGGACAGCAUCCAGCUAAGGAGGAAGUUCUACGACGGUCUGAGAGCAAUGGAGAGGUGGGCGGCCUGGAGGGGCAGCACUCGGGCUGGGCUUGCCCCCGAUGCACACUCCACAAUACACCUGUGGCUCUGUCGUGCUCAGCCUGCGGUGGCCCCAGAAAACUGUCUUUGCCUAAAAUCCCCCCGGAGGCUCUGGUGGUGCCUGAGGUGCACACGCCUGUGCUGGGAUUUCCAGUUCACACAGCAGGAGCUGCCCCACUACUCAUAGACCUAACAGAUGACUCUCCCCCAGCCCCUCCCUGUGAUCCUCAGGAACCUCCCCAUGUCCCCUCACAGUCCCUCUCCUCCCCUUUUACUUCUUUUUCUUCCCUCCAGAACAACCCUGUGCCCCGCAGCAGGAGAGAGGUGCCCCCUCCAGGACGUCAACCGAACCCAGGCACCACCACUCCCAGUCCCACUUCACCUUCAACGGCCACUGUGCCACCCCAGCCAGGCCCCCAGCGGCCAGCCAAACCCAAACAUGCCCAACCGCAGGAACCCUCAUACCCCAGCAAGCGCCUCAGUAUCUUGGAGGAAGAAGACCCUCAGCACCACCUACUGAACCCACUCCUCCCUGUUGCUUCCUCAGCUGCCCCCACCUGGAAGUGCCCGAGCUGCUGUUUGUCCAAUCCAGGUAGCUCAUCUAAGUGCGAGGCCUGCCGAUCAUCGCGGGCAGGUGCGGACCUCAUUGACCUUGUUGGCUGCGAGACAGUACGAUUCACCCCGGCCAGCCCCUCCAGCCCGGACUUUAGCACCUGGGGGUGUUCCAAGUGCACCCUGCGCAACCCUACGGGUGCACCUAAGUGCUCAGCCUGUGGUUCUUCCAAGCUGCAUGGCUUUCAGGAACAGCAGGCGCCCCUGCCCCGCUGCUGUACACAUUGUGGCCUGCCGUCUGGCCCUGGUACUACUUGCUCCUGCACACCUUCCUCUUCGAGUCACAAAACACGGAAACAGACCCGGGGCUUCCCUUCCUCCUCCCCUGCCAUCGCUUGUUCAAGUACCUCCUCAUCCGCUUCAUUGAGCCUUCAAGAGAAGGUGGGACAGUGGAGCUGCCCAGCAUGUACGCUGCUCAAUGAUAUCAAGGCCAAGAACUGUGCUGCAUGCCACACACCCCAGCAGUACCUCACCCUUCGCAAAGUGAUGAAGCCAUUGAAGAGGAGGGAGAGCAUGCAUGUAGAGGCACGUCGACGAAAUGAUGAAGGCGAGGCCAAGGAGCUUUGGGAGAACAUAGUCACCUUUUGCAGAGAGAAUUCUGUGAACUUUGUGGAUGACAGUUUCCCCCCAGGACCUCGCUCUGUGGGCUUCCCAGAAGGCGACAGCGUCCAGCAGCGAAUCAAAAAGUGGCUGCGCCCCCACGAGAUCAACUGCAGCAACUUCAAAGACCGAGGCGUCAAGUGGUCCGUCUUUCGCACGCCGCGGCCCUCCGACAUCCUGCAAGGCCUGCUCGGAAACUGCUGGUUCCUUAGUGCGCUGGCAGUGCUGGCGGAGCGCCCAGAGCUGGUGGAGAGGGUGAUGAUCACCAGGACUAUCUGCCCAGAGGGGGCCUACCAGGUCCGGUUAUGUAAAGACGGGACAUGGACGACGGUGCUGGUGGACGACAUGCUGCCCUGCGAUGAUUAUGGCUACCUGCUCUUCUCCCAGGCCCAGAGGAAGCAGCUGUGGGUGGCGCUGAUUGAGAAAGCCCUGGCCAAACUCCACGGCUCCUACUUUGCCCUGCAGGCAGGGCGGGCCAUCGAGGGCCUGGCCACGCUGACCGGGGCUCCCUGCGACUCGCUCAUGCUCCAGGUCAGCUCCACAAACCCCCGGGAGGAACCAAUCGAUACAGACCUGAUCUGGGCCAAGAUGCUCAGCUCCAAGGAGGCCGGGUUUCUGAUGGGUGCAUCUUGUGGAGGAGGCAACAUGAAGGUAGACGACGUCGUCUAUGAGUCUCUGGGUUUGCGGCCUCGACAUGCGUAUUCCAUCUUGGACGUACGCGAUGUCCAGGGUUACAGGGGCAGGCCUACACCCACAGUCUACAUCCGGCUGCUGCGGCUGCGUAACCCGUGGGGUCGCUUCUCGUGGAACGGCAGCUGGUCGGACGAGUGGACAGACUGGCCGCAGCACCUGCGUCACGAGCUGAUGGCUCACGGCAGCAGUGAGGGCGUGUUCUGGAUGGAGUACACCGACUUCAUAAAGUACUUUGACUCGGUGGACAUCUGUAAGAUCCACUCGGACUGGCAGGAGGUUAGGCUGCAGGGCUGCUUCCCCAGCAAGGCCAGCGGGCCGGUCACCGUCACAGCCCUCACUGUGCUGGAGAGGACGGCACUGGAGUUUGCUCUCUUCCAGGAGGGGAGCAGGCGUUCAGACACAGCCGACAGCCACUUGCUGGACCUGUGCAUCAUGGUGUUCCGCGCCUCCUUCGGCAGCGGCAACAAGCUGACCCUGGGCCGCCUGCUGGCCCACAGCAAGCGGGCGGUGAAGAAGUUUGUGGGCUGUGACGUGAUGCUGGAGCCGGGGGAGUAUGCCGUCGUCUGCUGCGCCUUCAACCACUGGCAGAUGAACGUCAAUGGGACGGGAGGUCCAGCCACACCCAUCUCCAGCCCUACCAGUGGAGCAGCGCGGCGGCCCAGCCAGGACUUCCCUGGCUACAUACUCGCCAUCUAUAGCUCCAGGCAGGUGAUGGUGGAGCAGGUGGAGGCACCGGCCACAACACUGGCCGACGCCAUAAUCCUCCUUACGGAAAACAAAGGGGAGAGACACGAGGGACGUGAAGGCAUGACGUGCUACUACCUGACCCACGGCUGGGCGGGGCUCAUCGUGGUGGUGGAGAACCGCCACCCCAAAUACUACCUCCACGUCUCCUGCGACUGCACUGACAGCUUCAAUGUGGUGUCCACGCGCGGCAGCCUCAAGACCAUCGACAGCGUCCCACCUUUACACAGGCAGGUGCUGGUUGUGCUCUCGCAGCUCGAGGGAAACGCCGGUUUCUCCAUCACGCACCGCCUGGCUCACCGCAAGGCGGCCCAGGCCUCUCUGGGAGACUGGACCCCCACGAAAGCCACCCACAGCCCACAGCUCACCCCAGACAUUGACGGCCUGCACCGGCCCAGGCCGCUAUGACCACCGACCACCGUACUCUCUUGUACAUACGCAGACUCGAAUCCAUUGAACUGUCGGACCACUGGAAAUCCAGGCCAGGGUGGGCAAGUGGUGUGUGUAGCCCUAAAACAUAGACAGAUCUGUUUCUGUGUGUCCUUUUUUGAUGAACACACACACACACACACACAUGAAUGUAUAAGCAUGAACUCCUAAUGCUCCAUAAAUGCUGACAUUUUCAUCCAGCCCUCGUGCACUCUGUCCCUUGCCAAGUGGAUGUGCCAUGUCAGGAUGAAAUGAGGGAAGCAGGCCACGCGGAGUGACCCGAGACGCACUCACACGACAAUUAUUCACAAUUAGUCACCUAGCGGGAUCCAGUUUGGACUACUUAAAAUUCUGGAGGUAUUUUUCACAAGCGCUGUAUGUGGAACAGAUGUCGGCCCUCUGGUUUUAUAUGCUCGGAGAGGACCCUGCUUUCAACGAGCUUCGCAAAAGCCAGGGUGGGGUGCUGUAACUACUGAGCCAUGUCCCGGGCCCACAACCAAUGAGCCAAUCCCCUUCAGCGACUGGACACUUCCCCCUUACUCCCCCAUGUCGUGCACCGAGACUGCUAACUAAGUGGGACACUUCAGGGGCGGGAAUUAUCUCACCCACCCUGUCAAUACGGUACUAAAUGAGCCAAACCCAACGUUUAGAUUUACUCGUGGUUGUUUUUUUUAUUUGAGAGAAUACACUCGUCAGUAUCAGUCUUACCUGUUUUAAUACAUGACCCAUGUUGCUGUUUUGUCCACAUUUAUGUUCUUGAGGUGAUUAGAACAAGCCAUCAUUCAUGUAGUACUGUGAGGCCUCUCUCCCCAUCACCGCAGUGCUGUCAAGCUCAGGACCAAACUCACCAUUUGUAUAGUUCGCUGGAGUCGAGCAAAACCUCAGGCUGAUCCAGAGACAGCUGUGGUAGCUGAAACAGCAUCUUUCUGUAUCUCUGUUGUUCGUCAACACUUACGGGGCAGGGCUGCAGCAUUGAAGGUGGGGUUGUGUUUUGGGAGGUUUUAUCUGGAGAAGCACUGACGUGUAAUGAAAUCCCCUCCCCUCGUUCUCUGAUAGACUAACAUACAGUUUUGGCUACAGAGAAACAAACUAUAGCUUUUUUUUUUUCUCUCUGCUCUUCGAUUAAUUUUCACUCCGCCUCAGUUUUGGGUCUGAACACAUGGUAUAAGAGAAGCUGUUUUCACACGGACAGUGUCCGUACAAUGGGGUCCCGAUAUUUCCCAGAGUUUGCCUUUCACACAUGACGAACGCAGCAGGAGAUUGUCGCCAGAUAGAAGCGUUCACACCAGGAGGAAAAUGUGUUUUGGUUUACAGUCAUCAACAAGCUGUGAAUUUUGUGGAGAUUUUCCUGCUGAAUUCUCACAUGGGCUCACUGUGACAUUCUCCAGAAAAGGUUACUGGGGGCUGGUGGACAUUUGCGUUCUCACAUACAGCCCCUGUAUAAAUUCAGGAAAAUUGUCAGGACAACAGUUCAGUCAGAAAGCAGCCAGAGUGAGUUCAUGCUGAAUCUUGCACUUCUGGAUUGUGACACAUUAAAGUCUGUGUCUGGUCCUUUUUUUGUCGCAGAAGGUCAGUGAGUGUUUGUUUGUUUCUCACACUUGAGCAGUUUGACGGUGUGUGGAUCGAUGCAGUGGCGUACUUUGGGACUACUCUGGGAGCGAGUUGCUGUUUGAACAGUCAGUAUGCCGUAGGGGAGAUCUUAAGAAGAGCCGCCGCGUUUACUUUGGGAGGUCAGGGACCACUCUUGUUUGCUCGGGUGCAGUGCGAGCAUCUUGGUCGUCCUCCCGCAAGAAUACACUGACAGCACAUUAGCGACAGCACCGAGUCUGCGCGUUAUAAACAAAUCUCCAUUUUGUCAGAUUGCGAGCACACACGACAAGAGAGACAAUGAGCCCGGGAGCUAUGUUGUGACAGAAUAUGGUUUUCGUUCUCUCUGAGGAUAGGUUGGCCCACAGCUGUUCGCACGCAGCUCCUCUUGUAGGGCCCCGCCCACCUGUUCAUUCCAAUAUAUCCGCUGUCAGAGAGCCAUUACUCAUCUUUCACUUGAGGAUCUGUCCUUGCUCACCAUGGCAACGAAGAUGUUUUAUUAUCGAGGGGGAGGACUAAUGCGGUACUAUAACAAGUAACACAAUGUUUUACUGUUCUUUUGUGAAAUGAGAAAAAUCUUGAGCACUGAUAAGAAAAUCCCUGGAGAUGGUUUGGAAGCAGAAUUUAAUUUUUUUUUAUGUCGAUAGCAUUUUGAGUUCCUCCGUGAGAUGAUUCAGCUCACCACUUGACCUCGGCAACCUCGAGUCAAGAGUGCUGAGGCGUGCGUCAUCUCGCUGCCAUCGACCCUUAUUGAUCGACGGCCUUGAGAAGCGGCACUGUGUCCCCACGCUAACUUGCUCCGCGCAGCCACGUCCGUCAGCGCUGGUAGAGACUGUACUUCACGACAUCUCAGCUGCAGUGACUGUAAAUAUGUUUUCCAAAGAGUGAGGACGUGUGAUGACCACCUCCAGGAGUGUGUGAGUGUGUGGGACGUGCGUCGCUGCUGCCGAGCAGCUGCGAACAUAGUGUCUAAUUUAUUUGUAUAAGUGAUUUGCAGGCCUGUUGUCUGAUGAACACUGUUGAUCACUGUGUCGAUGAAUGACAGAUAACGGAAUGUGAUAAUUUAAGGCCCCAGUUCGGGAUCAGCUCGAGGAGAAAGGGAACGCGCACUGAAACACCUGCAAAGACGAGGCACCUCAAAAUUCAGUGUCACUGCUGAAUCACUUUACAUGUACAUGAGAUUGAUUUUAUACCUUUUUUUGGGGGGGGGGGGGGUCAUAAUUGUCAUUGUUGCUGUCGCUUGUGUCCAAUGAAUCCACUCCUCUCCUGUGAAGUUGUGGUGGGGACUCUUCUGUGCUUCAGAUGCGCCCCCUGCUGCUGAGGAGGCUGCGGCCAGAGAACCACCGGUUGAUGGAGCAGCCUGCAACACAACGCUUUCUCUGUCCUCUCUCCUUUGUCUGGUUUCCUCCUUGUAAAUUGUACAGACUGCAAAUAUUAGCCACAAAAUAUAUAUAUAUUAAAAAAGAGAAAAAUCAGCCGACCCCUUUUGAACUUGUAAAGAAAAGGAUGAAAUUAUGAUAGUAGAAACAAAAAAACUCAAUGCGGAAAAAAUGGAUCUCCGAUGAAUAUGAGAUAUAUUUUAAUGAUCUUUUCUGUGGGAGGGAUACGAGUCUAUGUGUACAAACCUCUGUAUGUUUCAUUUUCAAUCUCAGGUUCCGAUGGACCAAAUAAAUUUUUUUAAAUUAAAA